CGCCCACUGCCGCCGUGACCGCGUAGUGGCGGAGAGAGAGAGAGAGAGAGAGAGAGAGAGAGACUCGCACGACCCGGUGCCGUUUAACGCCGUCUGUCUGCAGAGCCGCGCGGUGCGGUCCGACCCGAGGAGGCCGAUGUCUGUGGCUAAAGCCAAACACACGGUCCCCAACCCGGCGAUCCCAUACACGGGGCCCAUACCCGGAGGCCUGCACCCCGGGGAGAUCAUCAUCAUCCAGGGCACCGUGCCCCCAGACGCUGACAGGUUCCAGGUCGACCUGUCCAGCGGCUGCAGCACCAAGCCGCGCUCCGACGUCGCCCUCCGCUUCAGCCCCCGCUUCGAGGGCUCGCCCCGCGUGGUGUGCAGCUCCCUGCUGCGGGAGACCUGGGGCGAGGAGCAGACGCUCCAUCAGCUGCCCUACAAACGCGGGGCGCCCUUCGAGACCAUCAUCCUGGUGCACCAGGACGUCUUCAAGGUGGCAGUGAAUGGGACUCACCUGCUAGAAUACAAGCACAAAAUGCCGCUAAACAGGGUGGACACCUUCUCCAUUUCCGGGAAAGUCAGGGUGCACGCGAUUGGCUACGUCCCAAACUCGGCAAUAUAUUCAGAAUCAGGUGACUUGAGCCUCCCUUACAAAGGCAGCGUCCUCAAAGGACUGAGCCCCGGACAGCACAUCACGAUCAAAGGACAGGUCAGCAUGUACCCCCACAGUUUUACAGUGAACCUCCGCAGCAGCAGGACGGAGAACAUCGCGCUCCACCUGAACCCUCGCAUGAAGUCGGGCGCGUUCAUCAGGAACUCGUACCUGAGUGAGUCCUGGGGACAGGAGGAGCGCGAGCUGCCCUUCUUCCCCUUCUCGCCGGGGGAGUACUUUGAGGUUCUCAUCCUCUGUCAGCCUCACCAGUUCAAGCUGGCGGUGAACGGCUCGCACUUGUUCGAGUUCAGGCACCGGGCGCAGGACCUGAGCGCCAUCGACCAGCUGGAGAUCAUGGGGGACCUGGAGCUCAACGACGUGAAGCUGUGGUGACCUGCGCCUCGCCGACGGACGCCGGCGUGAUCUGGUUAGCGAUGCUAAAUUAGCUUAGCCACAAUGACCCCCAGGAAAAAAACCAAUGGGAUGCAUAUCCUGUACUGACCGCAGGUCAGGGUCACUGAUUUAAGCUAGUCUAGCAUUUUGGUGACCAAGGACCAUGCGGACACAUGGCGUGUUACGGUCCAUGCGUCCGCCCCCCCGGCUGGGAGAGCGAUGCAUGAAAGGUAGCGGUGCCGGCGCAUCAGGCCGCGAGGUGAAGCUCUGCGGGGACGCGACCCUGAUGAAUAAAACACGGAAAUAUGGGAAUUGUUGGCUUUGUUUAAAUGCAAAGACAGACCACUAAUACAAUUUAACUGGAGGCUCCAAGCUUCUGCAGAAAGGCCAAUGUACUUAUUUACUGUAUAGAUAAUUUCAAAAAGCUUUGGAAAAUGUCUCAUUACAUUCUGUAUCUGCUUUAAACGGUCGUAUGAAAGCCUCCUGUGCAUUUAUGUAACAUAUAAUGGUGCAGCUGAAAUCAAGCACAGUGCAGUACAGGGUCAGUUUAAAAUAUAAUUAUUUCAAUAACCUAGUGAAUGACAUGUUGCAAGCUGUAGAAUAUAGUACAACCCUGCAUCUGCGAAAUAUCUUGUAUCAAGGAAAAGAAAAUCUGUGAUAUGGUUUUGUUUUGCAUUCUUGGUUGUAAUUGUUGUAAAAUUUGUAUGAAAUAUUUAUGUCAUAAAUUAUUGUCAUCAUGUAA